UGCUUUGAUUUCCAUAAGGACUUGUCGGUCAAAAUUCCAUCAACCCUUUUACCAUUAUGCCUUCACCCCAAAGGCAACCAAAUGACAUAUUAUCAGAAACCAACUCUACAUCUCGGAAACCUGGUCGUCCUCCUGGUGUGAAUUUGGAACCUUACAAAGACUUCAUAGUGAAACUCUUUUCGGAAGACAAUAUCCCUAUCAUCGAUAUUACAAGAAGACUAAAUCAAGAAUUAGCUUUAGAUGUCUCGGAACGUAAAGUCUCUCGAUCUUUGGCAGCAUGGGACAUUCGCAAAAGAAAUCGUGGACCCGUACCUCAAGCUCUCCAAGAUCGAUUAACCUUUCAUUACAAUCAAAAUCUAAAUGAUGACCAAAUCGCCGAUGCAUUGAUUUCUGAAGGGUUCGAAAUUAAAAGAUCAAAUUUGGGGCGUUUAAGGCAAAAGCUUGGUAUGCGACGAAGGUCUCGAUAUUCUGAAUUUCGCGAAUAUUCCCAAGGCCCCGCAGUUGUCAGCAAUCCAUCAUCCACAACGGUUAAAUCGAAACCAAAGAAUACGAAACCAAAGAUGGCACAGAAUGCUGGAUUGAUCGUGCAAGUUACAGCAUUCGUCGAGAAGUACAUGAGCGCGUAUGACGGUUCUCACGAUUUCAACCACAUUCGACGCGUUGUCGGACUGGCACAUAGAAUAUACAAGGAGCUUGAUGGAGAGGGAGUGAAUGGCCCGGAAUUGGACUUGCAGGUUUUGACUUUGGCCGCACUUUUACAUGACGUAGGGGAUAAGAAAUAUCUUUUGCCCGGCCAGGAUCAAAAUACUUUGGUACUUUCAACGCUAUUGGGUUUUGGGGCAGAAGAAAAAUUGGCCAUUAAAGUGCAGAGAAUUGUUCUCGGAGUUUCGUAUUCGAGUGAAAUUAAGGAUUUGGCAUCAGUGAGGGGCUUGAUUGAAAAAUAUCCAGAGCUAGCUGUGGUGCAAGAUGCUGACAGGCUCGAUGCUAUUGGUAAGAAAUGCAUACCAGAACUUAACAAUAAAAAGUCAAGCUAACUUUUCUUCUACUGUAGGGGCUAUCGGAAUUGGGAGAACAUUCACAUUUGGCGGAGCGAAGGGUGCAAGGAAUAUGGGAGAGACUAUUCAGCAUUUCGAGGACAAGCUGGAAAAAUUAGGAGGGAUGAUGAAGACAGCUCCUGGCAAACGAAUGGCGGAGGAAAGGACUCAGAGAUUAAUAAUGUUCAAAAACUGGUGGGAGGAAGAACAAAAGGAUGCUGAAGGUUUACUACGACCUCAAUCCUCAUCUUGAUGUUGUGGAGCUUGAUGGGUACUUGAACUUGAGAUGACAACUCCCCGAGCGGGAAAAAAAGAUUUGAUCUACAUGACAUUGAGGUUUGCUUAUUCGGUCAGCUAAUAUUGGACUGGUUUGCUCCUCACCUGGGUAUUGAUACCAAAUGCCACAACGCUUCGAAAGACCAUGGCUACUCACGAUUUGGAACCAGAUUCUUUUAACUUCCUAUUAUCACUGAGGAUGGAUGUAUGACGCUCGAACGGCUCUGCCAUAUACUCAAUUACCUUACAUAUCCCCGAUGCGCUCAUGCAGCUACGUCAAUAGCACCUUUUCUACCAUUACUUUUUUUCUUCUCUUUCCAUAUAUACCCAAUUGGUUGAUUUGCAACACAUUUCUUCGUCCUCUCGUCUCAAUUGCUCAUGACGCAUCUAAUAGGCCUGCAUUUGUCUGGUUUCCUCGGGCAACAGUUCCAAAUGUGCGUGUCGAGAGGCUACAAAUUAUUUGGAAACGAUUUAUGAAUCUUAACAAUGCUGACAACAAUUCCUUUACAGUUUCAAUGAUAACCGCUGGAAGAUCUUGGAAUGGAUUCCCUUGAUCGAAAAUUAAUGGGGAUCACAUGAGAUAUUUUGUACACAUAUCCUUCCAGUACCCACCUACAUGGCUGAAAUUGGAUCUUUCUCCGAACUAAUUUGAACCCUGGCAAAAAAGAAAGAAUUCCCCUUGAAGUCGGUGCGCGUGUUGUCGAAUUAAAGUAAGGCACUUUUGCAUCUGUGUGCACAGUGAAGCCACGAAAGAAAGCUUUGUGGAGGUUUUGGUGUGGAUAUAGCUUCAAUUACCCCGCAAAGGAACGGAGGAAAAACAAUCGCCAU